CGGCUCAAUAUGGCGACUAAUCGUUUUGACAGUUCAGCUCGUUUCGUGCGAUUAUGACUUUUCCGUGUAGUUUGGUGAAAACACUAAUCCUUUAAAUUCGAAAAAGUCGCGCAUUAAUCCAGGUGACAGUGUUCUAAUAACAAUUCGAAUUGCGUAAAUGUAAAGGUGCUCCAAGACAGAAUGGCUUUGAAGAAGGUCAAGGGAAACUUCGAACGAAUGUUUGAUAAAAAUCUGACAGAUCUUGUUCGGGGAAUUCGCAAUAACAAAGACAAUGAGGCGAAAUAUAUAGCUCAAUGUAUAGAAGAAAUAAAACAGGAACUACGUCAAGACAAUAUCAAUGUGAAGUGCAAUGCCGUCGCUAAGCUGACUUAUAUUCAAAUGCUUGGAUAUGAUAUAUCGUGGGCAGGAUUCAACAUAAUCGAAGUGAUGAGCUCGUCGAAAUUCACAUGCAAACGAGUAGGAUAUUUGGCAGCAAGCCAAUGUUUUCAUCCAGAUAGCGAGCUCCUUAUGCUCACCACGAAUAUGAUUCGAAAGGAUUUAAACUCACAGAACCAAUAUGACGCUGGCGUUGCUCUAAGUGGUCUAAGCUGCUUCAUUUCAGCAGAUUUGUCUAGAGAUUUGGCUAAUGAUAUCAUGACAUUGAUGAGCUCAACAAAGCCUUAUUUAAGAAUGAAAGCCGUCCUUAUGAUGUAUAAAGUUUUCCUUCGGUAUCCAGAAGCAUUACGACCUGCAUUUCCUAAACUAAAAGAAAAGCUGGAGGAUCCCGAUCCAGGUGUUCAAUCUGCGGCCGUUAAUGUUAUAUGCGAAUUAGCACGUAAAAAUCCGAAAAACUAUCUCUCCUUAGCGCCAAUUUUUUUCAAACUCAUGACAACAUCAACGAAUAAUUGGAUGCUUAUAAAAAUAAUCAAAUUGUUUGGCAGUUUAACAGCUAUUGAACCAGCUCUCGGAAAACGAUUGACCCAACCUCUGAUUGAUAUAAUUUCCAGCACCUCGGCGAUGAGUCUUUUAUAUGAAUGCAUAAAUACGGUAAUUGCUGUAUUAAUUAGUAUAAGCAGUGGAAUGCCAAAUCAUAGUGCCUCUAUACAACUUUGCGUACAAAAGCUUCGAAUACUGAUUGAGGACUCCGACCAGAAUCUGAAAUAUUUGGGACUGCUUGCAAUGUCCAAAAUCUUGAAAACUCAUCCCAAAAGUGUUCAAGCCCACAAGGACCUUAUAUUAGCUUGUCUGGAUGACAAAGAUGAAUCCAUACGACUUCGAGCCUUGGAUCUGUUGUACGGAAUGGUUUCGAAGAAAAAUCUUAUGGAAAUCGUCAAGAGACUGUUGGGUCACAUGGAGCGGGCGGAAGGGUCCGCAUAUCGGGACGAGUUACUUUACAAAGUGAUCGAGAUUUGUUCACAAGGAUCGUAUCAGUACGUUACGAAUUUCGAAUGGUACUUAACAGUUUUAGUUGAAUUAAUUCAGUUGGAGGCGGGAUCAAAGCACGGAGGAGUGAUUGCUACACAACUUUUAGAUGUUUCCAUUCGGGUCCAAGCCAUUAGGCCGUUUGCUGUUUCAGAAAUGACAAACUUAUUGGACACGUUCCCGGUAUCAAAUCAAAGCGAUUCAAUGUACGAGGUUUUAUAUGCUGCUGCUUGGAUAGUCGGGGAAUUCGCCAGUGAAAUAGAUAAUCCUGAAAAUACGUUAAGCAUUUUACUCCGACCAAGACCACUACCAGGUCACAUUAAAGGUGUUUUCGUACAAAACAUAAUGAAAUUAUUCACAAGACUGGUAACGACAUGUCUCGAGAAACGGGAUGUGAAUGGAAUAAUAAAGUACUGUGAUCAAGUCCUAAGUCAACUCUCCACUUUCAUAAGUUCGAGCGAUAUUGAAGUGCAGGAGAGAGCCAAUUCAGCAUAUGUCCUCAUUGAAUUGCUACGUUCCCAGUUUUCUGCAAACGGGGAGGCAAAUCAUACAAACGACAUCAUCUCUGAUAUUCCAAUAGUCCAAGAAGAAUCUUCAAUACCAAUUAUGGCCAUCGAAAUAGUUCAAGAAAUGGCACUACUCUUUGUGGGCGACCUAAAUCCAGUUGCUCCCAAGGCUCAACGGAAAGUUCAAGUUCCGGAUGGGCUGAAUUUGGACGAGUGGAUAAAUACGCCGCCCGAUGAUAGCAGCUCUUCCAGCGAAGAAGAACAAAACGAUUUGUUCAUCUCAAAUGAAAACCAUGAUAGUGACAAUAAUCGAAGACGAAAUGACGAUCUCUCAAAAGAAGAGAUUGCAAGGCGGAGAGAAGCGCGUAUGAUCGAACAAAGUAAUAAUCCUCAUUAUCUUAAGAGCAAUGUUAGACGUAAAUCGGAUGAGUUGACUCUGAAUGAUGGGUGCGAGGAUAUUCCAAUUGCCGAGCUGGCGCUGGAAGUUCCUUUACAAAUACAUUCCAAAAAACGAUCAGAUCAAUACCUAAUUGAACAGCAAAAAAGUGCAAAGAAGAAGGCCAAGAAAACUAAGAAGAGCAAAAAAUCAAAACACAAAGUGAACUACAGUUCAAGUGAAUCGGAAGAGGAAGACGUUAAACCUCUGCAUGUAGUGAAUACGACAGCGGAAAUGCCUGAAGGUGCUAAAUUUUCAGACUCGGACGACAAGGAAACUGCUUAUGAUCCAGAUGACCCCCAUCGAGCAUUAGAUAUUGACCUUGAAGGCAGAGCAUCAAAUGAAACCUAUCAGCCACCCAGCAAAGCAAGCCAGAGGCAGGAUGUGAAUCUGUUGCACACUUUAUCUCAAAAGCAAAUCGACAGCAAUCCCACAGCCUCUACAAAACAAGAACAUAAGAAAAAAUCAAAAUCAAAAGAUAAUCAUCAUACUUCAUCCUCCACGAGUAAAAAGGAUAAGAAAGACAAAGAGCGAAAGGAGCGGAAGAAGAAAACCAGCGAAGGUAAUAACAAUGAAACCGAUCUUUUAGGUACCCCCAUUAAAUCAUCAACCAAGGAGAAACGCAAAAAAGACUCAACAUCAUCGUCUCACAAAAUUAAGGAUAAAGAUCGCAAGGAGAAAAAAUCAAAACACAGCAAAAAAGAGUCGAAAUCAGGCUAUGAGGAAGCUUGUGGAAUAUCGACACCUAGCAAGGAAGUUUUCUAGGAAUUACCAACUAACUUUAAAAGUAAUAUUGAAUUCAAUGUACAUGAGAUUAGUUUUGUCUACAACUAACCUAGUUACACGCGUUUAUCAUGUCGCAGGAGAGAAAAUGAUAAAGAAUUGAACAAUUAUUUAAUAAUCCAAUUAUAAGCUUUAAAGUAAGCAAAAAAAGGAAAUAUGAUAAAAACUAUAUAAUAAAAAUAA